AUGGCGUUCGUGCCAGGUUGGGCGGCUGUUCUUUGCAUCGUCCCCCCAGGCGACAAGAUCGUCUUUCUCAUCCCUGCUUCCCGCACCACUCCUCCGCCCCCGCGGCCCCCGUCGCCGCGCCACUCCUCCGCUCCAGCCUCCAGGCCCGCACCGCCGCCGCUGGGGACGAGGUCUCCUCGCUCCGCGCGCGCCGAGGGAGGCGCCCAAUUUCCCUGCGACAGGAGGGGAGGGGCGUCGGCGUCCCCAAGGAACCCGCAGCUUCACGCGUCGCCGCCGUGGAAGGAGGCAAGUUUGCCCAGCGACGGGAGGGGGGAGCGGGAGCGCUCGCAGCUCACGCCCGUGCGCCUCCCCCACGCUGCACCUAAUGCCGCCGCCCGCUUUCCCCUCUAG